AGCCCCCGUUUUUGCGGUGCCACAUUAGAUCGUAGCCACAAAUUUAGGUCGUUGAGGUCAUUAAAUCGAAAUUGACAGUCGGCCCGCAGCUGGCAAUUGAAGACGGGUAAUCACGUGCAGCUGCCACAAAGUGCCACAAAACUGCCACAAUCAAAUCGCCGCUAGCUCCGCGGGUGUGCGGUCCAAGCUCGGAGCGACAUGACGAGAAAUUUAUCGUCUUUAAACUUCCUCCGUGCACUCGAAGCUGUGAAUCCACCGCACCGCAAACUGAUACUCAACCAACACGACGACAACGUCCCCGCUUCUCGCCCUCCGGAUAAUCGCCAAUUGAGUCCCAGUCCAGAUCGCAAAAGGAAAAAAUGUUUCGCGCAGGAUUACUCCGCGUCGCCGCAACGGCAUCUCGCGCCGCCGCUCGACCCGUUGCCCGAAGAGCCAUCAUGCCCGCCAGAGCUGUCUUGACCCCCGCGCCUAGACUUGCCACCUUCCAGGCUACGCGGAUGUACUCUGCUGGUGGCGGUUUGAAGCGAGAGGAAGUUGAGGGUCGCAUUGGUCACAUUCUAGAGACUUUCGACAAGGUCAACGACCCGGCUAAUAUCACUCCCACAGCCCACUUUGCAAAUGACCUCGGGUUGGACAGCUUAGAUACGGUGGAAGUCGUUAUGGCGAUAGAAGAGGAAUUCAGCAUUGAGAUUCCGGACAAGGACGCGGAUGCUAUUCACAGUGUUAACCAGGCAGUCGACUACAUCUUGAGCCAGCCAAACGCUAACUAGGCACUUGAUCUUGUACAUUAACAGUUACACCUCUCCUAUGGCGAUGCCCAUUACUUAGCAGUUGGAUCCCGCAGCAGUGGCUAUGUAUGCCUACAUCUUUCAAGGCCACAAUGACGGGAUUGGAGACGACUAGGCUGCCGGGGUCGAAUCCUGAUGAGAACAAGAUAUCAAUGAAGGUGAACACGGCGUGGUUCGGAUCGAAACUCGAGUUCUCGCCGUUGUAUUAGUGUAUAGAUCUUUUCUCUCUGCCCACAGGUGUUCUCCUCCAUCUCACAUCUUACUGUAUGCUGAGGCUGAUGCCACGGAUUUAUCUUGAAUAAAUGGUGAGGUUUCGCAAAACAUGGCAAGUAUCACUGACUGUAUGACUAGUAGAUAUGAGACCUAAUUGUGUUGAGGCUGGCUGACCCAUGCCGCUAAGCCAAUGAGACCUUAGCCAAUGAGACAGCCACUUGGGGCUGAUCCCCUGUUAACAAU